UUCACUUCUCUUCACUUCACUUCCAUGCAUUCUAUUCCGGUUUUUGUAUAUUCGCUGAAAAAUUGUCAAUCAUUUUCAUUCAAUCGGGUUGUUUAUCUCUUCCGUGUGAUUAUAAUUGAGCCAAUUUUGCCCAAAAGUUUUGAAGGUCGUGGUUUGUAGCUGAUUUUCAAGUGUUUAUAUUUUUUUUAAUUGAUUAGAUUGAACCUCAAAUUCAAAGUCUCUACUUUCGUAAAUUAUAGUUAGAUAAUCGAAAAUAGCUUGAGUAUUGGCAGAGAUUGUUCCUUGUUUAAUCUACUAAGUCAGCUGUGACUGAAUCUUUGCUUGUUUUCUGGUAUUUUUUUAAUUGUAGAUUGUUAUAUGAUCCAUUUAAUACAAUCUCUUUGGUUGGAUAUACAUGAUAUGCAUAUAUUUAAUACUUCUACGGGAAUGGAGUCUAAAUUGGUGUUUGGCAUUAUGAUUGUAGUGAAAGCUUUAAAUGAAAUUAAGGCUUCUUUGGGAUGGAGGGUGGUCUAUUCAUGGGUUGGAGAUGACCCUUGUGGAGAUGGUGAUUUACCACCUUGGUCUGGAGUCACAUGCUCAACUCAGGGUGAUUAUAGAGUAGUUACAGAAUUGGAAGUUUAUGCAGUGUCAAUCGUGGGGCCUUUCCCUGUUGCCGUGACCAAUCUGUUGGAUCUUACUAGGCUGGAUCUUCACAACAACAAGUUAACUGGACCAAUUCCUCCUCAAAUUGGGCGUUUGAAGCGUCUUAAAAUACUUAAUUUAAGGUGGAAUAAACUGCAAGAUGCCAUUCCUCCUGAAAUAGGUGAACUGAAGAGUCUAACACAUCUAUACCUGAGUUUCAAUAAUUUCAAAGGAGAAAUCCCCAAAGAGCUAGCAAAUCUUCCUGAGCUACGUUAUCUCUAUCUACAUGAAAAUCGUUUUAUUGGGCGAAUUCCUACAGAAUUGGGCACUCUACAACAUUUGAGACAUUUGGAUGUUGGUAACAAUCAUUUGGUGGGAACUAUAAGGGAACUAAUACGUAUAGAGGGAUGCUUUCCAUCUCUUCGCAACCUUUAUCUGAAUAAUAACUACCUUACGGGCGGAAUCCCAGCGCAGCUGGCAAACUUAAUAAAUCUGGAAAUCCUGCAUUUAUCCUACAACAAAAUGUCUGGAAUAAUACCAUCUGGAAUUGCCCAUAUCCCCAAAUUAACUUACCUGUACCUGGAUCACAAUCAAUUUACUGGGAGAAUUCCCGAUGCUUUCUACAAGCACCCCUUCCUAAAAGAAAUGUAUAUUGAAGGAAAUGCUUUCAAGCCCGGUGUGAACCCAAUUGGCAUCCACAAUGUCCUUGAAGCAUCUGACACUGAAUUUCUGUUUUAGUUAAAGCAUCAAUCUAUUCUUUACCUGUAGCGAUAUUGUUUUUGGUUUUGUUUUUGUUUUUGCUUAAAACAAUGGUUCCGUAUACAGAAUGAAUGAACGAAGUUCUAUUCAUUGUAGUUCAGGCAGCUACUACCUGAUCACUUACUAUUUAUUAAGUUCCUAAAGGAGCUGUUCUCUAUUGUAUAUAGUUUCAAGUUAUAAUCAACUCCUUUCUUGGGUCA